AUUAUGGGAGGAGAGAGGGGGUUCAUCCCAGUUUCAGAACCAAUAGCCUUUCACUCGGUCACUCUUUUGGUGUCUCAAACGAAACUUGACAAGGAGGAGCCUCUCACUCGUCUCUAUAAAAACUGCCGAGCGUUCGACUAGCAGCUCAAUCCACUAGCUUCUUUUAUCAACAAGAGUCGACAGAGCUAGCUGACCGAGAAGCAGUCUCUCCAUCCUGAACCACACGUUUCUUUGCCACACCAAAACAAAAUUCGGAUUUAGAGCAAAGCGUUGGUUUUUUAAAACCCUCACGAUUGAAAAUUACUGGUGAAAGUUCGCGUAACCCAGACAAUAGGAACAAUGGCUGGUCUAAUGACUAACGCAUCAGCUACAAACAAAGCGGUGUUGGACCGGUAUAUGAGACUCCCGCAGCCAGAUGACAAAGUCAUGGCGACAUACGUCUGGAUUGACGGUACGGGUGAAUACGUUCGGGCAAAGACAAGGACCAUCGAUUUCAUCCCAAAAAGUCCUUCUGAAUUGCCAAUUUGGAAUUAUGACGGAAGUUCAACGUAUCAGGCCGAAGGCAGCAAUUCAGAUGUUUACCUCUACCCGGUGGCCAUUUACCGAGAUCCGUUCUGUUUGGGCAACAACAGGCUUGUCCUCUGCGACACCUACAAAUACAACAAAAAACCUACAGAGUCUAAUCACCGUAAUUCCUGCCUUGAAGCCAUGACCGCGGCUGCCGAAUAUGAACCCUGGUUCGGCAUUGAGCAAGAAUAUACGCUGCUCGAUAACGAUCUCCAUCCUUUCGGCUGGCCAAAGAAUGGCUUCCCCGGUCCUCAGGGCCCGUACUAUUGCGGUGUAGGAGCCAACAAGGUUUUCGGACGUGAUAUUGUCGAAGCUCAUUAUCGUGCUGCACUUUACGCUGGUGUCAAUAUUUCUGGCACCAACGCAGAAGUCAUGCCUGCUCAGUGGGAAUUCCAGGUUGGUCCUUGUGAAGGUAUUACCAUGGGUGACGAUUUGUGGAUGGCUCGCUACAUUUUACAUCGCGUUGCCGAAGAUUUUGGCGUCAAUGUUUCGUUGGAUCCUAAGCCAAUGAAGGGUGAAUGGAAUGGAGCGGGAGCCCAUUGCAAUUUCUCAACUAAAGCGAUGCGAGAAGAAAACGGCAUUGCGGAAAUCGAGAAAGCUAUAGAAAAGCUGUCCCGCUGCCAUGUGAAACACAUUAAAGCUUACGAUCCACAUGAAGGAAAAGAUAAUGAGCGACGUCUUACCGGUCGUUGUGAAACUUCGUCCAUUCACGAUUUCUCUGCUGGUGUAGCUAACCGUGGUUGCAGUAUUCGCGUGCCUCGUGGAGUGGCUGAAGAACGCAAAGGUUAUUUGGAGGAUCGCCGUCCGGCUUCCAAUUCUGAUCCAUAUCAAGUGACCGAAGUGGUCGUACGCACCACUUGUCUUGAACAAUAGACUAUUUGGAUAUUUUAGGCCCCAUUUUCAAUAUGUCAUGGAAAGAAAAAGAGAACCAUCCAUUCCUUCUGUAUUCUGAAGGCGCAAAAAAACUACCAUGUUCUGUCGAUCAUCGCCAAACUGUACUCUGACCCCUCUAAUUUUAAUAUUCUUAUUCUGUGGUUAUUCACUUUUUCUCCCGUGACGUUAUCGAUUUGUGUAAAUAAUCUUAUCGAUUGGCAAUUUUGAACUUCAGUAAGCAAACGUGAAACAUGCAGUAUCUGUUACCCAAAUACCAGAUAAAUACAAAAAGUUUUUAGAUAA